GAAUAACACGACCGACCGUCAAUCGUUGUCGGACAACCGAACAAACGUGUACCCUUUUGUCGUCAGCCCCGUUCCGUCUCGUUCGUCCACGAAGGAAACCUUCCGCCGGCCAAAGUUCGUACGUGUCCGUACUUAAACGUCUAUUUUGUCUCUUUUUUUUUUUUUUUUCUGUCUCGCGUUAGCCAGUACCGAGCGGUGAAAACGACGCGCGCCCCGCGACCAGUGUCUCUCGCACCCCGCGUCCGACGUACGUUUCGACGACCGUACGAUUUCCGAUCACUCGCCCGUUCGUGUCCACCCCGUCGGUCGACCGUCGCCGGAAAGUCAUGCGCAUCACGCUGAUCGGAUUCCUGGUGCUGGUGAUGGGCGCCGCCGUCAAGGCGCACAUACACUUCAUCCGGCUGGCUCUGCUGGCCGCGAUGGGACUGAUGGGCAUGUGGAUGAUGCACAAGCUCGCCCAGGACUGGCAGAAGAUAUCGUCGUCCAACAGACCGGCCAAGCCCGCCUCCGCCGCCAUGGCCGCCGGAAAACUUUUGGGCAUCUGGAAGAGGUCCAUCCCCGACGCGCAGCACCUCGACGAGUUCGUCGAAGAGUCGUUGGACGAUUUCUAUAAGUUUGAUGACAUACUCCGACAGGACAGGUCGACGUGCGCGAGAAAAAUGAUAUGCCAAAUCGCCGCCACGCCACAGAACCAACUGAACCGGGUGGAAACCAAUCUGCUGAAAAUGCUCAGUCCCAGCGAACACUUUGGCGAUGAUGCGGCUAAGAAUAUUUUCCGGAAGGCUAUGAACUUCGGUCGAAGUAAAAAGGACGUGAAGGCGUGCCACCAAGAGUAUAAAAAAUGCAGAUUCAACACGAGACAAAUGUUCAAACUGUUUACUUCGUUCAUGUAACAUUAACUGACGUUUUUGUUUCCAUCAAUUUUGUAUAAGAGCUUGUAUAAAUGUUGUGCCAAAUACGUGUAUUAUUAUUAUCACUACUAUUAUUAUUGUUAUUUUCGUUAUUAUUAUUAUUAUAAUUAUUAUUAUUAUUAUUAUUAUUAUUAUUAUUACAAUGAUUAUUACUAUUGUUACCGUUACUCGUUAGUCAAUUCGGUAUUACGACCAAAUCAAAAUUCUACACGAUUACGUUAAUGCACCGGUAUGAAUAAUAUUUAUCGAAAUUCAGAGGACGAACUGUUAUGGAACAGGGGUUAAACGUUUUAAAAUAUUUUCAAAUAAUGAUCAAAACUAAGCGAUUGAUUUUGCUAUUGUCAUAAUAAAUGUUUCAACGUUAGUAAAUUUACUUACUUUACUUACUUUCACAUGCUUAUAUUUAACUAAAGUUCAAUAUAUUAUGAUCAUAUGUUGUGUCAUAUGAGUUUUGUUUGUCAUCGAAAUAAGACAGUAUUAUUACUUUGUUAACGAUGAUUAGUACUUUAUAUCCAAACAUUUGUGUAUACACCUAUCCGAAACCUGUUAAUUCUAAAUUUCGUAGUGAGUUGUUGUUAAAUAAAAUAUUAUUUUACCAAUGUGAUAUAUAACGUACAACACGCUUAGUCAUAGUUAAUACUUACUGCAAGACCAUAAUUCAUUGAUCGCAUACUUCCGUAUACUAUGCUGGUAUAUAGAGAGUGGUGUAAUGGUUGUCAUGGAUCUGGAAAAUUCUGAAGUAGGAAGUUUCAAGUCUCUAGCUAAUGGUAAUUUUAACUAAUCGUAUAUUUAAAACGAAAACAAUUAAAUGUUGUUCUAUACUGCUAUUACUAAAUAACGGUGCCAAGCCUAGCACAAUUAGUGUCCGGUGCCAAGAAUAAUUUUUAGAGCCCCCAUCCCCUCUAUCAAAUAUUUUCAUACUUAUAGGCUGUAACAGUGUUUCCCAAAGUGAGUGAUAUCGCUUCCCCGGGGGUGCUAGAUCUAUCCAAAGGGGGCGAUGGAAGUUACAAGUUUAAUAUGUGAGCAUUUCAUUACAAAAGGGGGCGCUGACCGUUUUAACAACAUUAAGUAGUCAUAACAUUGUACUGCAAAUCAUUGUACGUGUAUAAGUUCAAGGAAGGAUACCAAGCGUUGUGCUACAAAAGCAAAUACCUAUACUUUAUCCUAGAUCGUGGGCUGUUGUACAAACAUUUUUUAUAGGAUUUCCAGUAUCCUACUUGGUUGAACGUGGGUUUAGAGCAGUAACCAAUUUAUUCACAAAAAAAAAAAAAGACAAC